AUGGCCUCAUCUAGAUUCUUUUUAGUAGCUGCUUCUCUUCUCAUGGCAAUCAUGUUCUCUGCCAUGAUCACUUCAAGCCGCGCCACAAAACAGCUUACCAAGAAACAAACAUUAAAACCGAAGUUUUUUGGACAGCCUUUCCCCAAACCCGGUCUUCCUCAGUUUCCAAGACCCGGCGGUUUCCCAACAAAUCCAAUGCCAUUCCCUCAAUUCCCUAAACCCGGUUUUCCUCAACUCCCAGGGCAAGGUUUCCCAAAGAACCCCAUGCCUUUCCCUCAAUUCCCAAAACCCGGUUUUCCUCAAUUCCCCGGUUUUGGUUUCCCAAAAUUCCCUCAGUUUCCAAAACCCGGUUCACCUUCUUUCCCUCCAGCAACGCCAACCAUCUCCACUCCGCCUCUAUCCCGGUUACUCCAACUUUGAGCAAUUGAAACUUCUCCUCCAAGCUUAUAUAAUUCAAAUAUUGUAACUGUUGUAACUAUACUCUUCCUCAUGUGUGAAGGAUUCUAUCAUCAACAUAAGCUAACUGAAUAUGGAUUGGUGGCUUUAAGAUGUGAUGAGUAUUGA